CCGUCACUUUACAAGAACAAGCGUGCGGCUAAAGGCGAAGCAUAUGAGCCUACGAUCUACGAACACUGGGCAAAUACGAUAUCGCACGCUGUAGGAAUAGUGCCUAGCGUGGUUGUGUUCUGGCAUAUGGUCACAAUAUCCCAUCGUGACUUACAAUUUUACCUGAUGAUUGUAUACGGCUUGUUUACCACGUUGUUGUUCUCGUCUUCCACAUGCUACCACGCCCAAGCGAGCGUGAGUUCCUCGACUUUUAGUUCCAUCAUUAAGUUGCAGAUUACACCGGAACAUUUCAGGCAGACGAGGUUGCGGUACUACCUUCAUAUAUGCGACCGCGCCGCUAUUUAUUUAUUCAUAGCAGCCUCAUACACGCCAUGGCUAACGCUGCGACAUUGUGGAUAUCCGGGUCUGAACUUGAAGUGGAUGAUCUGGGUGUUUGCAUUUCUUGGAAUACUGUAUCAAUAUAAUUUCCACGAAAGAUUCAAAACACUAGAAACACUUCUUUACAUAUUGAUCGCUGGUGGUCCGUCUGUGGCCAUUUUCACUAUGAAUGACCGCACUGGUUUGGAGUGGAUGAUCGUCGGCGGAGUAGUCUAUAUAACUGGAGUUGUGUUUUUCAAGUUGGAUGGUAUUGUACCAUUUGCUCAUGCUAUUUGGCACGUGUUUGUUCUCAUUGGUGCUUCUUGCCACACUUACGCCGUGUAUUCCACUUUGCUCGGACCAGACCCGAAUAAUCCAGUUCCGGAUCUGUCACAUUUGGAACUA